AUGGCUAUGAGCUCAACCUCAACCACGGCCGCGGAGCACGACGUCCGAGCACUUGAGAAAUUGAAGGAUAUCUAUGGGGAUUUGGCUCAAGUUUCCGUGCCAUCGUUUGGACGCAUCAAACGCAAUGGGAAAAUUAUAGAGGUGACUUCUAUCUGGGAAAAUCACGCCCUCGCUCUAAAAAAGAGCACCAAGACCCAGCGUUCAUCUGUGCUUGAGCACAUAGAUGGUACAAAAGAACUUCGCUUGAUAUCUACAACUUCUCUUCCUUUGACGAGCUUCGAAGCGCAAGCAAUUGCAUAUUCGCCAAGUAACUCUAUGGUGGCUCAGAUUAUCACGAUUCCAGAUGGAAAGGAAAAGAAGCAGUACCUGAGGGUCUUUGAUCAAAAUGAGCACGUAGAGGUUUUGUGUUCUGAUUUGAGUGGUCAGAAGAAGCACGGAAUCAUCUAUGGAGGAGGUUCAGCUCCCUUCGUUUCUUUACGAUUUUCUCACGGAGAGGGACAUGUGUUGUAUUGCGCUGAGAGGAAAGUCAAAACUGCCGAGUACUACGACGCUGACCUGGAAUGGGACAACGAUGAGAAAAUACUGGAAAGUAAUGUGGGAAAGAAGUUCGAGCUUCGCGAAUCUUGGGGCGAAUCAUGCGCAGAAGUCAAAGAACCUGUCCUAUGCAUUGUGGAUAUUUCAUCGGGCAUUGUCACUGUACUCGAUCAAAUACCACCUGAGAUCUCACCUACUUUUGCGAUAUGGGCACCAGACGAUGCUGGCAUCGUUUUCUUCGGGCUCCACAAUGAUCCGUUCAAACUUGGAAGAAUCGCUUGCAAUAACAGGCCUGGCUCCAUGUACUAUUACGAACUGAGCUCAGCUAAACUUCGUGUUAUCGGUGACGAAAAUAUCGCUGCAGAACAUCCGUCUUUCUCGCCUGAUGGUCAGACACUUGUAUAUUUCCAGCGACUUGCUGAUGGUCCCCAUCAGGCUGUGAUGGAGUGCGUGAAGGUACCUUGGCCUUAUGAUAACUCUGCACCUACUGUGAUGGUGCCUAUCGUUCAAGAAGCACCCCAAGACAAGGAUUUUCCCGGCUUUUCUUUCGUACAGAAAACUCCACGAUGCUGGACCGCAGACGGGGAGCGCAUGGUAGUUGGUACAGCGUGGCGCAGCAAAAUGGAACUUGUAUCCGUUGACAUCAGCAGCGGCCUUGUGAGUAGGCUAACAAAUCAUGGUCAAUGUCACGGAUCGUGGCAAGUGGCCGAUGUAUUUGGAGAUGAAGUUCUAGCUGUAGUAUCCGCACCGAAUAGACCCCCUGCACUUCUUUUGGGCACAUUACCUGCGAGAGAGGAGGAAGAUAAAAUGGUUUGGACCCGUUUGGACAACUGUUCCAUCAUUGAGAACCGUAAAAAUCUUUUGAACUACUCAUGGAAAUUGAUAGGACUUCAGAGAACAGGAGAAACGCCGUAUGAAGGUAUAUUGCUCAUGCCCAAUGAGGGCGACUCUGUGCCACUGGUCGUUCAUCCUCAUGGAGGUCCACAUGGGAUCUCAGUAGCUGCGUGGCAGCGUCGGGCGCCAACAUCUCUGAUCAACUCUGGGUUUGCUAUUUUAAUGGUCAACUAUCAUGGAUCUCUAGGAUUUGGAGACAAGUUUGUUCGCUCUCUUCCUGGUCGAUGUGGAGAUCUGGAUGUCAAAGACAUGCAUCAUGCAGUCGUGACUGUUCUGGACUCUGAACCACGGCUUGAUCGGGAUAGAGUUGUACUCUACGGAGCAUCACACGGGGGUUUUCUUGUUUCUCACUUAAUUGGACAAUACCCGGGUUUCUACAAGUCCUGUGUUGCACACAAUCCUGUACUUAAUCUUCUGGCUAUGCAUGACAUUACAGAUAUUCCUGAUUGGACCGUUUUUGAAGGGACGGGUAAUGAAGCAAACUGGGCCUUAUCAACAACGGAGGAGGAGCGAAAGCAAAUGUUCCAGAGCUCGCCUAUUGCAUAUGUUGAAAAGGUUGUUACUCCUUACCUGCUCUUGAUUGGAGAGAAGGAUCUACGUGUGGCACCUCACUAUCGCGCUUUUAUACGGAACUUACUGGCUCGAGGCGUUCCAUGCAAGAUCCUGACUUAUCCUGAAUCAGCUCAUCCAAUUGAGGAAGUGGAUGCUUAUGCGGACUCCACAAUUAACAUCAUCAGAUGGUUUCAGAAGUCUCUGAAGUAAGGUUGCGUCCAAGCGCCAGCCUGUUUCCGGCCAAGCAGCAACAACUGGAUGAAAAAUUCGCUUUUAAUUUGAUACACUCCUCCUUCUUAAUCACCGUCAUCUCUUGUCACUCUUCCUCGGUGAAGUUUUACGCUUAACCCCAGAUUUCCAGUGAGAUCUAUAUAUUUUGAUAAUAAUCGAGUUUUGAUAAUUGAAUAUACUUCACAUAUUCUCAUACCAAUGCUAAUAAAGAUCUAUUAC